UCCGCGCUGCAAAGCGUCCCCGGAGGACUUCCGGAUUGCGCGUCCAAUAUAGGCGCCCCGUGGAGGCCUUCGGGAAUCGCAGUCCUGGGCGCGCAGGUCUCCGGGAGCUGUAGUCCGUCCCGCCUGCCCAGUCAGCGUGGUACCACCCGGCCGCUGCCCAAGGAAUGCGAAAGCGGCUGGUCCCAGCGAGCAGAGAGGCCGAAGGGGUGACGGGAGGAGAGAACCCUGGUUAUUGACGAGGGGAAGUCUUCCGUUGCUAGGCGACCAGAAGAGACCCUGUUACCCAGAGACGGUGAAGGAGGAGUCCUCCAUUGCUAGCAGGAGCCGAGGAGGGCAUGUCUCAGGCCCCGGAAGCGCGGCCGAGCCCACCCUCAGUGUACCACGAGCGGCAGCGGCUAGAGCUGUGCGCCGUCCACGCUCUCAACAACGUCCUCCAACAGCAGCUCUUCAGCCAGGAGGCCGCAGACGAAAUUUGCAAGAGGCUAGCCCCAGACUCCCGGCUGAACCCUCAUCGCAGCCUCCUGGGCACCGGCAACUAUGAUGUCAACGUGAUCAUGGCUGCCCUGCAGGGCCUAGGCCUGGCCGCUGUGUGGUGGGACAGGAGAAGACCGCUGUCCCAGUUGGCCCUGCCCCAGGUGCUAGGCCUGAUCCUGAACCUGCCCUCUCCUGUGUCACUGGGGCUGCUGUCCCUGCCGCUGCGCCGUCGGCACUGGGUGGCCCUGCGCCAGGUGGAGGGCAUCUACUAUAACCUGGACUCAAAGCUUCGGGCACCUGAAGUGCUGGGGGACGAGGAUGGUGUCAGGGCCUUCCUGGCAGCUGCCCUGGCCCAAGGCCUGUGCGAGGUGCUGUUGGUGGUGACCAAGGAGGUGGAGGAGGCCGGCAGCUGGCUGCACACAGGCUGACCUGCUGCCACAGCCCCGAGUAUCCAGUGCCUGCAGCUCCAGGCCCCAGGAGGCCUGUGCCCUGCCCUAGGGUCCCCACUCCCCCAACCACUGCUGCCUCAAUAAAUCUGCUCUUUUCUAUCUG